AGAAGAGAGCGCGUGAGUGUAGUCGCCGAGUGUGUGUGCGCGCGCGUGUGCACUGCUACAGUUGUGUGUGUGGUGGCGCGUUGUGUGUAUUCGCGUUUCCUCGCUUUAAGUUGUGCUGAGAAGCGCAGCAGCACAAUUUCGGUGCGCUAGUUUCCGCCUUUCCCGCUCAAACAGGCUCUUCUCUACCGCAGGAGUUUUUACCGAGUCUUCGCUGAGAGUCGGUUCGCGUUACUUUUCCUCAGACAGCGGCAUCAUGUCUGCCUCGGCGGCCAAAGUGAGUAAAAAGGAGCUGAACUCGAACCACGACGGCGCGGACGAGACCUCCGAAAAAGAGCAACAAGAAGCCAUCGAGCACAUUGACGAAGUACAGAAUGAAAUUGACAGACUGAACGAACAGGCCAGCGAAGAGAUCCUCAAAGUUGAGCAGAAAUACAACAAGCUUCGCCAGCCGUUCUUUCAGAAGAGAUCAGAACUCAUUGCCAAAAUUCCAAACUUUUGGGUCACUACAUUCGUGAACCACCCACAAGUCUCUGCUCUCCUUGGUGAAGAGGAUGAAGAGGCACUCCACUACCUGACCAGGGUGGAAGUAACGGAGUUUGAAGACAUAAAAUCAGGCUACAGAAUAGAUUUUUACUUCGAUGAGAACAUGUAUUUCGAAAACAAAGUCCUCUCCAAAGAAAUUCAUCUGAACGAAAGUGGAGAUCCAACCCCAAAAUCAACAGAGAUCAAAUGGAAACCUGGAAAGGACCUCACAAAUCGUCCUAGCCAAACUCAGAGUAAAGCAGGCAAGAAGAGGCAACAUGAAGAGCCGGAGAGCUUUUUCACCUGGUUCACUGACCACUCCGACUCAGGAGCAGAUGAACUUGGGGAGGUUAUCAAGGAUGACAUCUGGCCCAACCCCCUGCAGUACUACCUGGUCCCAGACAUGGAAGAUGAAGAAGGAGAGGGAGAGGAUGAGGAUGAAGAUGAGGAAGGUCUGGAAGACAUUGAUGAAGAAGGGGAGGAAGAUGGAGAGGAAGAGGAUGAUGAUGGAGAGGAUGAUGAUGGUGAAGACGACUGAGGAGAAAAACGUUCAGCAUAAUCCCUUUUUACCUGGCCCCGCCCACAACCCACCUGCUUCUUCUUUAUUUUUAUUUUAUUUUUUUGGGAGCAAUUUUUUCCCUGUUUUCUCCCCCAAGUUGUUUUUGUGCUCCAUCUCCUGUUCUUUAUCAUGACAGUGCCAUUUUGAAUUCCCCCCAUCCCAGAAGAGACUCACAAUAAACUGACUGCAAAAUACUGCCAAUGUGGCAUUUAACAUCUCAGUUCCCAAGUAAAUUUUGAGGUAUAAAAAAAAACACACUGUAGAAUCAGCAGCACGCUGUCUGGAGUAGACUUGCAAAUAGCGUUUUCUUUUAUAUAUAUAUAAAUGUAUAUGGAUUCUUCCUGUUUGUGUGGUUAAAUGAACAAAAGCCAUGGUGCGUAGUGAUGUGCUAGUACUAGCAUCCUCCUUCACGGCUUUGUUACUUUACUCAUGGCGUUACAACCUGUUCAUGAAUUAUUUCCUUCUGGUUAAGUUUUUCUUCUAAGCUUGUGGUUUCAGCAACAGAUAUAGAUCACAGGCUGAGUUCCCGUCCCCUCUGUAACCUUUUGUCAGUUCAGGAGGGCUCAAGUCUCAGUGAGGGCUGAGGGAGGAAAGAAGAGGGUAUUUGGACACGGUUUGGAUUUUUCCUUUUGUUUUGGUUUUUUAAAUCUCGUCUUGUUUUACAGACAUUCAUCAGAUUUGAAAUGACGUUUUUGAUAAAGAAAAAUAAAAUCUUCAAAAAAAAAAAAGUUUAAAAAAAUCAUGCUUGUAAAUUUUGGCCCCCCACUGCCUCGGUUAGCCUAAGUUUUGUGUGGUGUAUGUUCUACUAACCUUAUCAACUUCUCACAGGAGAAAACUAGCUGUUGAGUUUGCUUUGUUUAAAAUAAAACUUAAAUGUGAACACCA